UGCAUCUGUCGAGUAUAAAUAUUGCUGAAAAAUAAGGCGGAGUGGAGUGUCUGAAAUUUAGAUUAAUUAUUUAGCUACAUUUCGCGGCGCUUUUACUUGAGUCGUGUACAAUUAAAGAAAUUACUAAUUGUAUUCGACCAUAACAAAUGGCCACUAUAGAUGGAAGACCGGCGCAAUAUGGUAUUUCACUUAAACAACUACGCGAGCUCAUGGAGCAUCGUGGUCCUGAAGGUGUAAAUAAGAUUGCGGAAUUUGGUGGUAUUCAUGAAUUAUGUAAAAAGUUAUACACAUCUCCCAAUGAAGGGUUAAGUGGAUCAAAAGCUGACGAAGAGCAUAGGCGGGAAACCUUCGGUUCAAACGUAAUACCACCAAAGCCACCAAAAACCUUCUUGACACUAGUCUGGGAGGCUCUUCAAGAUGUAACCCUUAUUAUUUUAGAGGUAGCUGCAUUAGUAUCGCUCGGUCUAUCAUUUUAUAAACCCGCCGACGAGGAUGCGCCUGUGCUACAGGAGGAAGAGGAACACCACGGUUGGAUUGAAGGAUUGGCCAUUCUUAUUUCUGUUAUUGUAGUAGUUAUAGUAACAGCUUUCAAUGAUUACUCAAAAGAAAGACAAUUCCGAGGCCUGCAGAAUCGUAUUGAGGGCGAGCAUAAGUUUUCAGUUAUCCGAGGAGGGGAGGUGUGCCAAAUUUCAGUUGGAGAUAUUCUGGUUGGAGAUAUUGCUCAGGUCAAAUAUGGAGACUUGUUGCCGGCAGAUGGGUGUCUCAUUCAAAGUAACGACUUAAAGGUGGAUGAAUCAUCGUUAACUGGGGAAUCAGAUCAUGUCAAGAAGGGAGCAGAUGUUGAUCCCAUGGUUCUAUCAGGCACGCAUGUUAUGGAAGGAAGCGGUAAAAUGGUUGUAACUGCCGUAGGGGUUAAUUCACAAGCAGGCAUCAUUUUUACGCUUCUUGGCGCGGCAGUUGAUGAGCAAGAAGCAGAAAUUAAAAAGAUGAAAAAGGAAGCUAAAAGGGCCAUCAAGCAAAAGAGUCUGACAGGUGAAAGCGACGGUCGUGCGCAAAUAAAGGGGAACCAAGCGCCAACUCAACGCCAAACAGUCACAAGCGAAGGAACCAAAUCUGAAUCUGAAGGAAAUCAUGUGCCGCAAUCCUCUUCGUCAUCCGCAGCUGCUGAGACAGGACAUAAGAAGGAAAAAUCUGUGCUGCAAGCAAAGCUGACAAAAUUAGCUAUACAGAUUGGAUAUGCUGGAUCGACCAUUGCCGUACUUACAGUCAUAAUUCUGAUUAUUCAGUUUUGUAUUAAGACAUUCGUUAUUGACGAAAAGCCCUGGAAGAACACUUAUGCCAAUAACUUGGUUAAGCAUUUGAUAAUUGGAGUUACAGUAUUAGUAGUGGCUGUACCAGAGGGACUUCCUCUGGCCGUUACCCUAUCUUUAGCAUACUCGGUCAAGAAAAUGAUGAAGGACAAUAAUUUGGUUCGGCAUUUGGAUGCCUGUGAAACAAUGGGUAAUGCCACUGCGAUUUGCUCUGAUAAAACCGGAACUCUUACGACCAAUCGUAUGACUGUUGUACAAUCUUACAUCUGUGAAAAAUUGUGCAAGGUUUUGCCAACGCUUAGCGAUAUACCACAGCAUGUAGGCAAUUUAAUUACAAUGGGAAUAUCUGUUAACUCAGCUUAUACCUCAAAUAUAAUGGGUGGGCACAACCCAGGAGAUUUACCAAUCCAAGUUGGCAACAAAACAGAGUGUGCUCUUUUGGGCUUUGUCCAAGGCUUAGGUGUAAAAUACCAAUCUAUUCGAGACGAAAUUACAGAGGACAAAUUUACACGCGUAUAUACUUUUAACUCCGUUCGGAAGAGUAUGGGCACUGUGAUUCCACGACCUAAUGGAGGAUACCGAUUGUAUACCAAAGGAGCUUCAGAAAUCAUCAUGAAAAAGUGUGCUUUUAUCUACGGCCAUGAGGGUACCCUAGAAAAGUUUACAAGGGAUAUGCAGGAGCGUUUAAUACGCGAAGUUAUUGAACCAAUGGCUUGUGACGGUCUGCGCACGAUAUCUGUGGCGUAUCGCGACUUUGUGCCUGGCAAAGCUGCAAUUAAUGAAGUGCAUAUUGAUGGCGAGCCCAACUGGGACGACGAGGAAAAUAUUAUGACGAAUCUUACAUGCCUCUGUGUGGUUGGUAUAGAAGAUCCAGUUCGUCCCGAAGUACCGGACGCCAUUCGAAAAUGUCAACGCGCUGGUAUAACUGUUCGCAUGGUAACUGGAGACAACAUCAAUACAGCACGAUCAAUUGCCAGCAAAUGUGGUAUUUUGCGGCCAAAUGACGACUUUCUUAUUCUGGAAGGCAAAGAGUUUAAUAGACGUAUUCGGGAUAGCAAUGGGGAUAUACAACAACAUCUUAUUGAUAAAGUAUGGCCGAAACUGCGAGUUUUAGCACGAUCAUCCCCAACCGACAAGUAUACGUUGGUUAAAGGUAUUAUUGACAGCACUGUUAGUGAAAACCGUGAAGUGGUUGCUGUAACUGGCGACGGAACAAAUGACGGCCCAGCUUUGAAAAAAGCAGAUGUAGGCUUUGCUAUGGGAAUUGCCGGCACAGACGUUGCUAAAGAAGCUUCUGAUAUUAUAUUAACUGACGAUAAUUUUAGCAGCAUUGUAAAAGCUGUAAUGUGGGGUCGAAACGUAUAUGACUCCAUAGCAAAGUUUUUACAGUUUCAGUUAACGGUCAAUGUAGUCGCUGUUAUUGUUGCAUUUAUUGGUGCGUGUGCUGUACAAGAUUCUCCUCUUAAAGCAGUACAGAUGUUGUGGGUCAAUCUAAUAAUGGAUACAUUGGCAUCGCUUGCCUUAGCAACAGAGUUUCCGACUCCAGAUCUAUUGCUCCGUAAACCCUAUGGCCGCACAAAACCUUUAAUAUCCCGCACAAUGAUGAAGAACAUACUGGGUCAGGCCCUUUAUCAGUUGGUAAUAAUAUUUGGACUGCUCUUUGUCGGUGACUUAAUACUGGACAUUGAGUCUGGACGUGGACAGGAACUGAAUGCUGGCCCAACCCAGCACUUUACUAUUAUUUUUAAUACAUUUGUCAUGAUGACAUUGUUUAACGAAAUAAACGCUAGAAAAAUUCAUGGGCAACGCAACGUUAUUGAAGGACUUCUUACAAAUCCCAUAUUCUACACCAUAUGGAUUUUCACUAUGAUAUCACAGGUGUUAAUAAUCCAAUAUGGAAAAAUGGCUUUCUCGACCAAGGCUUUGUCACUAGAUCAGUGGCUCUGGUGUGUAUUUUUUGGAAUCGGCACACUUGUCUGGGGUCAGCUUAUUACCUCAGUGCCUACCAGAAAAUUACCUAAGAUUUUAUCAUGGGGUCGCGGCCAUCCCGAGGAGUACACAGAUGCCAUGAACUUGGGCGAGGAACGUUUUGAUUCAAUUGAUUCUGAUAAGAAGCCAAGGGCUGGACAAAUCCUCUGGAUUCGUGGACUAACGCGCUUGCAAACUCAAAUUUCAGUACCGUUGCGUGUGAUUCGUGCUUUUCGCUCGACAUUGGAAGACCUUAACGAGCGCCGAUCGAUGCACAGCUUGCAUAGCUUACGCAGUCCUCGGACGGGUAUGCCGGUUCCAGUGGGCCACCCGUUGUACAAUUUAAAUCUGCUGAGCCCCAAUUACAUCAAGCACCACCAACAGCAACCAAAACAACCACCGCAGCCUCAACAGAACGUGUCAAGCGCCAUGCUACCGUCGGAUAUAUCUUAUAUUGACGAAGACCCGCAACAGCAUCAGCGUACUUUGCACAACGGACUAACUUCCCAACACCCAUCAAUAUCCACAAACACAACUGCCCCUGCCUCAAGCCAAAGCUUCUCAGAAAUUGCACACACCUUGCAACAUCAAAUCCGUUGUAAUAACACCGAAGCAAAACAUUCCAAUGGACAGAAUGAGACUCGAAUUUAAAUAGUUUCAGUUGUUGUCUUUAAUCAAAUAAGGCGUCCCAGUUAAAUUUGAUGUUGUGUUUACUUUGAGACAGUGUGUAUCAUAUCGUGGUGAGGCCCAUCAAGAAUUCAACAUUCAAAUCAAUCUAGCCAUUGUUUUCCAAACAUAAUCCCAAAUGUGAGCCUCAGCCCAAUAUAAUAAGGGAUUCCUCAUGCUUAUUACAGAAUGGAAUUUUUUAAGGAAACACGUUGAUCAUUUUUUGAUUAAACUGUAAAACCUUAUAGGAACCGCAAUUAGACAAAAGUGAAUUUAUUUAGCGUAUAUAUUCAAAAGUGCAUGUAAAUUUUAUAAUCCCGGAUAUGUAACAUUUAUUUUCAUCAUAUAUAAAAAAGCUUGUUAUCCUGAAUCCCGAAAAUGAUGAUCCGUAACAUAAUAUUUACCUAUACCAUUUAGAAAACGUAAGCAUGCAUUUUAUAUAAUAACUUCGUAUUUUUGCAAAAAAAAUGUAUUAUUGUAUUACUUUAUUACUAACAAAAACUCAAAUUUUACGUCUAUUCUUUCUGCGUGGAACGUUUGUAUUAACGAAGUUAAAACAACGUGGAGUUGCUUGUCAACAUAUUUACUGUGUAUCUCAGUAUUUUUUGGGCUGCUCCUUAAUUAACUUGGCAACUUUUCUAUACGCGUUAUUUCCAAUAAAAGUUUGUUGCGGAGUUGAUUAUUUUCCAAAUGCAGAGUAUAAAAUGAACCAUAUAUCGCAAAUGUAUAGACAUUUAUAUACAAAAAUAUAAGCACGUUGGUAUCAGUCAAAUGUGGUAAAGUAAAAAUUAUUCGCUUGAAAAUAUAUAAAUAAUUAGGCAGUUAUAUUGAUGGUCCAUUUAAAACGCUCGGUAAAUACUUACAUGUGCAUACAUAUGUCGAAGGUUGGCUGGUAAUAAAUUGCAACACGUUUCAUAAAA